CCUGGGGCUGUGUCAUAGCUCAGUGACACUGUUGAGUUCUCCUCUCCUGUGAGGUUUGGUCUUGAAGUUAUAAUAAUCUUAACAGACUGAAACAUGGGAUUUCACAAGAAGAUUUUGAGAAUAGCCUCCAUCCUUUUUGUGAGUAUCACAGUCUCUCUCUUCUUACUAAACUCUCCCAGGAAGAAUUGCCCUCAAAAGACAGAACUGGACUUGAAUCACUUACUAAAGCAGGAUGUUGGAGAACUACAGGCUUGCUCUGCAAUCAUCCAAGGAGACAUGGACGGAGUGGACAAUGAAAUCUUUGGGAAGCUCCUGACCUCAAAAAGAAGAAAAUUUUUGCUAUCAGAGUCAUUCUAUCUUAAUUCAACCAAGGACUGUCAAUACUACAUCAAAGACAGAGGGUUUCUGACAGUUCCUCUCAGCAAGGAGGAGAAAGAUUUCUCCAUUGCAUAUUCCAUGGUGAUCCAUGAGAAGAUUGAGAUGUUUGAAAGGCUGCUGAGAGCCAUUUACACUCCUCAGAAUGUGUACUGCAUUCACGUGGACCAGAAGUCUCCUGAGAUCUUUAAAGAAGCAGUUAGAGCCAUUGUAUCUUGCCUGCCUAACGUGUUUGUGGCCAGCAAACUGGAGAGUGUGAUCUAUGCCUCCUGGUCUCGAGUUCAAGCAGACAUCAACUGCAUGCAGGAUCUGCUCAAGUCACCCGUCCAGUGGAGAUACCUUCUCAACACCUGUGGGACUGAUUUUCCCAUUAAAACCAAUGGAGAAAUGGUGCAGUCUUUAAAACAUCUGAAUGGAAAGAACAGUAUGGAGUCUGAGGUCACAAAUGAAUACAAAAAAUUGCGCUGGCAGUAUCAUCACAAUGUUACAAACUCUGUGAUUCAAACCAAUGUAAAAAAGUCACCGCCACCAAUAAAGUCCCCCAUGUUCUCGGGAAACGCUUACUUUGUGGUUUCUAGAGAGUUUGUGGAUCACCUCUUCCAAAGCAAAGAGAUUCAGGAUUUCAUGGAGUGGGAGAAAGACACAUACAGUCCAGAUGAGCAUAUGUGGGCUACGUUACAGAGGAUGCCCUUAGUGCCAGGAUCCAACCCUCCCAACAUCAAGUAUGAGCAAUCGGACAUGAACGCAAUUGCUCGUCUGGUGAAGUGGAUCUACCAUGAAGGGGAUCUAAAGAAUGGGGCUCCCUACUCUCCAUGCACUGGCGAACACAGACGGGCAGUAUGUGUCUAUGGAGCUGGGGACUUGAAAUGGAUUUUGAGGCAGCACCAUCUCCUUGCAAACAAGUUUGACCCAGAAGUAGACGAUGUAGCAAUCAAAUGCAUAGAGGCUUUUUUGAGGUACAAAGCUAUUUAUGGUCGGUCAUUAUUAACUGUUCGAAAAUCUGACAUUAUUUUAUGAUGGUGUUACAUAAUACUGUCUGUAUAUUUCUGUAAAUAUUGUGGGUAUGAAUCUUCUUUAUUAAAUAUAAUAUAAAUGUAAAUGUGUGUGAAUAUAAUGUUUAUAAUAUACUUUUUAUAUGACUUAUUAUUGAUAGGAUGAUGCAAAUUAUCAAAUAAAGUUAACAAAGGAACAUUUGUGUGGAUUAAAAACAAUAAUAAACAAUCUUUACAUGUAAGAAUUUAAUAUUGCAUGCAAGAAACCAACAAAAUUAAAGAUGUCUAAUGGCACAAAAUGUUUACUUGCAAAUUCUGUGAUUAAACACUGUAUCUCUUGAAAAUGUUAAACGGUUAAAAAGGGCAGUUGGCCAUGCAACAUAAUAUCAGCAUCAAUCGUGUGUCAACAUUAAGAUGAAGUCUGGCUACACUUAGAAAUAAAAGAAACUUUCAUUUAAAAUGUGCAGCCAAUGCAUUUCAGGCUAGUGUGAUCUGUGACAAAAUUAAUUCUCUGAGGCAAGGAAAUGAGUCACAGGAGCACAACACCAUUUCCUGAGUAUAAAUCUUAACCUUCUGAGACCCGAGCAUGACUGCUGUAUGUAUAUAAUAAAGACAUAGACAUUUCGCUUUUGGUGCGAAAAAAGAUGCUUUUGCUUUUUAACUAUAAUCCAACACUUCACGAGAGGGUGGAGUCCAAGUGGUCUCUCGUGUGACAUAUUCGCGUUGCCAUGGAUAUAUCGUGGGGUGAGAAGCAGAGGGGCUUAAGUGACAUUUCACCAACUUUACAGGAGGGCCACAACAAAAAA